AGUUAAUAACCUUUCACCAUGCCCUUUAAAGCCCCCGUGCAAGCCAAGUGCCCUAAAUGUAGUAAAUCAGUCUACGCUGCCGAGGAAAGACUAGCUGGUGGACAUAAAUGGCACAAAGGAUGCUUUAAAUGCGAUCUUUGUAACAAGAUGUUAGACAGUACCAAUGCUGCUGAACAUCAGAAUCAUUUAUACUGUAAGAACUGUCACGGCAGGAAGUUUGGACCUAAAGGUUAUGGCUUUGGAGGUGGAGCUGGAGCUUUAAGUAUGGACACUGGUGAACAGUUCGGUAACAAAGAAGCUGAAAUGAGCAACCGACCAACUGCCGCUACAGGUGCUGGUGGUACUACUUCCGGUCCAGGACCCCACUGUCCCCGUUGUAAAAGAACUGUUUAUGAUGCCGAGAGAGCUAUUGGAUCUGCUACGCCAUGGCAUAAAUCCUGUUUCAACUGUAAUAUGUGUCAUAAAACCAUUGAUUCAACCACUAUGGCUGAAUAUCAGGGAGAACUCUAUUGUAAAAAUUGCUAUGUUAAAAAUUUCGGACCAACUGGUAUUUUAUAAAGCUGAUGUUGAAGUUGGACUCGAUGGUGUGAAUGCACAUGUAGACUAGAACAAUAAGUCUCAACCAUUUUAAUCAUUUUAAUUAAAGGGUACUGUCCUCUAAGUUUUCGCUAAUGGGACGCUCUUAGUGGUAAAUUAGAGGACGUAUACCUUUAAAUUUGACAUAUUUAUUUGUAAAUAAUAUUUUAAUGUUUAACCAGAUGAUCAUAUCACUUGGAAAGUUAUUGCAGAAAAUCUUACGUAAUACACAGAUAUUGUAUUGCACCGAUACAGCCUAAGGGAUAGGUUUGUCUAGAAGUGGUGUCUUUAAGGGUUGAAAAGGGUGGGAAAAUGCGUUUAAACUGUGUUUGAGAGACAUUCUGUGUCCAAAUUUCCAAUUGGUAGCAAUAGAAUUAAGUUAUAUUUCAAACGAUGAAUGAUUCUGUUAAAGCGAACAAUUAAAGUGCUCUGUAUCCCUUUAAAAUUUUGACUGCAUUGUAUACAAAUGUUAACCCAAUCCUAUUUAACCUAUAAGAGUGUAAGAUACGUAGUUUAAACCUACUUUAUUUAUACCAAAAUAAAUCAUUUUAUCACAACUCU